ACCAGACGCGGAAGAUAGCGCUAGGUGGGUUUUGGAACAGACCGCAACAUUUCUAUCCCCGAUCGAACAGCUUUUUCGCUUCGUUUGGGUUCGAAUGUUCGCGGCAGAGCCAGUCUGAGUGAAAAGGAGCAUCGAGCGGAGCGGCACAGAUAAGUUUGGUGGCAGUGUGGGCUCGGACGCCCAAAUUUAGACCAGUUGGAAUUACAACAACUUCCUACUACUGUUGGAAAAUAGUAGGCCACACCAGCACUGCACCUCGGACCUGCACUAAAACAUCCAGUGUGUAUGGAGCAGUGCGAGAAUGCCGCGUCUCUCCUGGCGUCCGUGCGCGAGCAGGAGAUGCAGUUCGAGCGUCUGACGCGAGCUCUCGAGGAGGAGCGGAGGAGCGUGGGUCAGUCCGGCACCCUGCCUCGCCCCCUCCCCACCCUUCAGAACGGUCGUCUCCCUUGUGAUGCAGAGUUAGAGCGGCUUAAAAUAAACGACGGAUACAUAAACGGGACGCAGUACAGGAUGUUGGACCCAGGUCACAUGGUACAGGAGACCGUCAUGAUGGAGGAGGGGCCGCAGGACAUGAUGCCGGUCAUUUCUGUCGAAACUGGCGAGGAUGGCUCCACGCGCCGCACAGAAACUACAGUCAAGAAGGUCACGAAGACCACCACGACUCGCACGGUCAUCCCCUCCAUUUCUGAUACGCUCUCUCUGGAUGGUACCGGCUCCGUCACCGGCAUGAGUGCCUAUAACGCCCCGAUAGACCGCGUCUACAGGCAGCCACACAUGGACUAUCCGACCGCUACGGUCCCUCGGAACUACCACUACGGCCCGCCGGGGGUAUACGACGACUACCGCGGCGGCCCGCCCUCCGAAACCUACGCCAGCCUCACCCGCGGGGCCCGCAUGGACGAGCGCUACAGACCAAUGGACGGCUACCGGACGCUGGACCCGGGCUACCGCGUCCACAGCAGGCCCCAGCUGGACCCGUACGCCGCUCAGCCGCAGGUGGGUCGCAUGGGGAGCGCCAUGGAGAUCUCCGGGAUUCCACGCUUCGUUCCGGAGCCUUACGGUCUGGAGGACGACCAGAGGAGUUUGGGAUACGACGAGCCCGAUUACGGAAUGGGGCCGUCCUUGCACUACAGCACCAUGCCCCGGCUAGGGCACCACCCACCCCCUCCACGCAGGACUGGGUCCUACGAGGGCACUCUGGAUGGGGAUAUGAGCGGCGCAGGGGACAUGUAUUACUGGGGAGGAGGAGCACCGCUGGCGCAGGGUGAAAGGGGAAGCAUGGCAUCGCUGGACAGCACGCUGCGUAAAGGUCCCGCGCCCACGUCAUGGAGGCAGCCCGAGCUACCCGAGGUCAUCGCCAUGCUGAACUACCGCCUGGACCCGGUGAAGAGCAACGCCGCUGCUUACCUCCAACACCUCACGUUUAAGAACGACAAGGUAAAAUCCGAGGUGAGGCGACUGAAGGGCAUCCCGGCUCUGGUGUCCAUGCUGGACAACCCAAAGAAGGAGGUUCAUCACGCCGCCUGUGGAGCUCUGAAGAACAUCUCGUACGGUCGGGACCACGAUAACAAAGUAGCCAUCAAGAACUGUGAUGGGAUUCCCGCCCUGGUGCGCCUGCUGAGAAAGGCCAGAGAUCAGGACCUGACCGAUACCAUCACUGGCACUCUGUGGAACCUGUCAUCUCACGACUCGGUGAAGAUGGAGAUCGUGGACCACGCCCUGCACGCCCUGUCCGACGAGGUCUUGGUGGCGCACUCUGGCUGGGACAGAGGGAACGUCGGGGCGGACGAGUCCUGCAAGCCCCGGCACCUGGAGUGGGAGACGGCUCUGACCAACACCGCCGGCUGCCUGAGGAAUGUGAGCUCGGAGCGGAGGGAAGCCAGGAGGAAACUGCGAGAAUGCACCGGCCUGGUGGAUUCCAUCAUGUACAUCGUCCAGUCGCAGAUCGACUGUAAAGAUGUAGACAACAAGCUGGUUGAGAACAGCGUUUGUCUUUUGAGGAAUCUGUCCUAUCAGGUUCACCAGGAAAUCCCCGGAUGCGAACGCUACCUGGACACGGCGCCCGUGAAUCAGGGCUCCGUCCCAGCCAAUCAGAAGGGAGGUUGCUUCAGCGCUCGCAAGGGCAAAGACGAGUGGUUUUCCAAAGGGAAGAAAGAUGAUGUUGAUGGAAAUUUAGACACAAUCGACAUUCCAAAAAGGAACACGCCCGCCAAAGGUUAUGAAUUGCUGUUCCAGCCAGACGUGGCACGACUGUACACGUCACUGCUCGUGGAGAGUAAGAACCCCUCUGUUCUGGAAGCUUCGGCAGGAGCCAUCCAGAAUCUGUGCGCAGGCCGCUGGACCUAUGGACGCUAUAUCAGGGCAGUGCUGAGGCAGGAAAAAGGCUUGUCCAGGAUGACCGAGCUGUUGUCUCAUGAGAACGACCGUGUGGUCAGAGCGAUGGCCGGGGCCAUGAGGAACCUGGCUAUCGAUCCACGGAACCGGGACCUGCUCGGUAAACACGCUGUGCCUAAUCUGGUGUUGAACCUGCCGGGCGGUGGGCAGAGCCAGCCCGUGCGAGCCCUGUCGGAGGAGACGGUGGUGUCGGUGCUCAGCACUCUGGCCGAAGUGGUCGGCUCCAGCGUGGAUGCAGCCAAGACCUUACGCAGCUCGCAGGGCAUCGAGAGACUGGUGCUCAUCAAUAAGGACGGUAACCGUUCGGAUCGGGAGGUGCGUGGCGCCGGCCAGGUCCUGCAGAUCGUCUGGGGAUUCAAGGAGCUGCGGCGCACGCUGGAGAAGGACGGCUGGAAGAAAUCGGACUUCAUGGUCAACCUGAACCCGCCCAACAACACCCGCAGUAACGGCGGCUACGAGGACAGCAGCACCCUGCCGCUCAUAGACCGAGGAGGGAAGCCGGACAGAGACAGAAACAUGAUUCCGAUGAAUGACUUAAGAUCAGACUCCUACACUACACUGGACCAGAGAGGAAGGAGGAACACUUUCGAUAACACUCUAGAACCUGCAGACAAUGACAUUCAGAGAGGAAUGUAUGGAGAACGGCGGGGCUCCAUGCCCCUGCUGGACUCUUACGAUGGUUAGGCCACUCCCCCCUCACCCCACUCAGUGCAUGAGCCAGCAUGAAAAACUGAUCGUGUGCAUUACUCGUGGUGAGCGCCCUCUACCCGCCUACUGUCCCUGCUGAAGCUCAACACCCAGGGACGACCCCCCACUAAUCAUCGCAGCAGCGAAUCUCUACAUCCAUUAUUAGCCCUUCUUUCUUUCUCUAACUCUAAUCGUCUGGGAUCGGACGCCCGCGUGGCCGAGCGCUCUCGCUUUUUUUUUUUUUUAAAUGAGACAAAAGAAGCUCCGGUACGUUCAGUCUGCACCGCUCGCCUACACGAGAGAGACUGAAAUCACUACACGACUGGAGUUUCCAUUCCUUUAUUUUUCAUGCUUUUUUUAUUUAGUUGUAUAAAAUACUGAUUUGUCCCUGUUGAAACGGUCCUGAGAUCACUCGACCUGAUCUGUCCACUACAUUCAUAUUUAUGAUCUCAUUUAAUGAUACAACACUGAUUAUAACAGUAAGUAUUCAGCCUACCACUACAUCUACGUACAUGUGCGGCGGCGGCGUCUUGCCGUUCUUGAUAUAUUCACACUAACGAUCUUGUAUAACGACUCUGAAACUUUUCAGCCUCUCUAAAGUUGAUGUAGCUGUGAGAAUGAUCUAGAUUUACAUUUUUUAUGCUUCGAUUUGCUUCGGAAUUAAAUACAGCGAUAAAACAUUCAUGCCAAAUAAUACCACUGACGUGCAACUAGGGAACAAUUAUGUACAUACACGACCUCAAAAUCUUGCGAAGGCAUCUCGUCCAUUUAGUUUUGAAUCCGUUUCCUGAGAAUUUAAGUACCAUGACACUAAUUUACGUCGUUGAAAUACUGUACUGUGUUAAACUCUCCAAAGAGUCGGUUAGUGUUGUGGUGGUGUAGAGAUGUGUACGAAUAGAGAAGAGCUCGAGCAGGAAGAGAGAAACCUGUGUUUUCAUUUUCGCUCGCCUGUAUUAAGAUCCUGCGAGGAUAUUUAGCCAGAAACGAGAAGUUAUAACCACUUGGUUCACGGUUUCCCGGAUUCCUUAUGAGCGGCCUUGUUAGCGGAGCUGGUUCCAACUUAAUGAAGCACCACAAGGUGUGAACGGUGUGUCAGAAUCAGUAUUGAUCCCACCCCCCUUCCAAAAACAACAGCAUCCAUCAGUCAGAACAAAUUCUCUGCCACUCACCCCUGUGUGCCAGUGCUUUUUUUUUAUUGGUUAAUUCCUGUCCGGAUUAUAGAUGGAUGUAAAUAAUGUGACGUAUAACACAUCCGUUCUGGUUACUCGAGUGCCUCGCUUGCUGAGUGUGUGUGUGUGAGAGAGAGUGUUUAUGGUUUAAAGGGAGUGUGUGUGAGGAUUCGAUUUAGGAGGUUUAGGAGUUAAAGUUCUUCCUCCAGUGCCUGUUUGUACCGUAUUGUGAAAGACGGGCGUGUCGGCUUUAAGCGGUGAGCUCGGUGCUCCAUUCUUAGCUGCGUAUUCGAUAUGCACACUCGGUAUGAUGUACAUAUUUGCCAAGUGAAUACUCUAGCGCAAGGAGUUACAUUUUAAAUUUUUGGAACCCUGAUUUUUUUUAUAGGAUUCUCCCCAGAUUGGUUUAUCUUCUUCACUAAAUAAAAACCCCACAAUGAUAGAAACUUAUCAGAGCAGAUGAUCGAAAGCGAAGCUUUUAUCGGACGGAAUCCACCAGCAGACGCGCGCGAGUGUCGUCCAUGGUUUAAAACCGCAGAUGUUUCGAUUUUAAGGAAAGUUUAAGGACUUUUAAAGAAUCUUAAAUUGACGCCGUUGCUUCUAUCACAGGUUAAUUGAGCUCAGAUUUUGAUUCUAGCUUGAUAUUUAGAGAAAGAAAAAUGAAAAGCACAUCUUAACCUAUAUAUACCAGAGAAUAUUUGUUUUAAUUUUAAUUAUUUGUUUCCUCUUAGUUUUGUCUUUUUGUUUUCUCCUUUUUUUUAUAUAUAUAUAUUUUAUGAUUUUGGGAUCAUUUUGUUUUUAUGUUUCUGGGGCUGUUGUGGGUGAAUGCAUAUGCAAUCAGUUUUUAUUUUUAAUUAAAUGCAUUUACAGUUUAUAUCUUAAUUAAAAAAAAAGAAAGAAAAAGAAAAAAUCGUUCACGUGUCCUGUGUUGUCGGUCGUCUUACGGUUUAUAUGCAACACAAACUCUGAUCAUUCUGGUGAUAAUUUCAUCUCUGCCUUGGCUCUUAAAUAUGGCACCUUUCCUUCAUGAUUUAAAAGUGUAACUUAGCAAUACAGUUUUUAAUAAAAGAAUGAUUUUUUUAAAGCUC